AUGGAAAUUGAUUAUGAUGAAGAGGAAGAGGAAGAAUUUAAUCGAGUUUUAACUUUCACAGCAUGUUUGGUCUUACAAUAUUAUGAUAUACUUAUCUAUAAAAGACCAUGCAUGACUUCUACACAAACAGGAAACAAAUGGCUUAAAGAGAUAUUAGAAGGAAAUAAUAGUCAUUGUUGCAGCAUGUUUAGGAUGGAAAAAGAUGUUUUCAAAAGACUAUGUUAUGAUUUGGAAACAAACUAUGGUUUAUGUGCCUCAAGGAGAAUAAGUGCUGCAAAAAUGUUAGCAAUAUUCCUAUUUGACCUAGGAGGUGAAAACUCAAAUAAGUCAACCAAGGAGCGAUUUCAACAUUCUGGUGAAACAAUAAGUCGAAAAUUUGAAGAAGUGCUACAAGAUGUGUGCAAAAUGGCCAUAGACAUCAUUAAAUCAAAGGAUCGUGAUUUUAAAGAAGUGCCUACAAAAUUAAGGAAUGAUGAUAGAUAUUGGUCUCACUUUAAGGAUGCAAUUGGUGCUAUAGAUGGAACUCAUGUGCCAGUGAUUGUGUCUACUGAAGACCAAAUUCGAUUUAUUGGUAGAAAGAAAAUUCCAACCCAAAAUGUUAUGGCUGCAUGUAAUUUUGAUGUGGAAUUUACUUUUGCUUUGGCCGGUUGGGAAGGGACAGCUCAUGACACAAGAGUAUUUUUAUAUACAAUUGGUACAUCUGAGUUGAACUUUCCAAAACCUCCACCAGGUAAAUACUAUUUAGUAGAUGUAGGCUAUCCAGAAAAAAUAGGUUAUCUAGGACCAUAUAAAGGAGCAACAUAUCAUUUGCCAGAAUUUUGUUGUGUUAGUGGACCUUCUGGAUACUACGAAAUAUAUAACUAUGCUCAUUCUUCACUUAGAAGCAUGGACGUUGAGCUUGAAGAAGAAGAUGGAUAUGGCGAUGAAUGUGAAGCUGAAAAUGGGGUUGAAAAAGUUGGAGAUAAGUUUCUUGGAACUAUGGAGAUGGUUUGA